AUGUCAUCUGAUCUCUGUGCUGGAGACAUGGCCGUGCAAUGGCAACCAUUUACAUGUUUUCACCCUAUCCACGGCACAAACGUUCGCAUCGACCCGACAGGAACACAAGCUACAAGAGUCGAGAGCUUCGCGAAUGGCAUCUGCUUCAGCCAAGACCCGCUGGAACCCGGCCAGCUGUUUUUGGUGGAGAUUGAGGAAAAGGAAUGGGGGUGGUGCGGUCACCUAAGAGUUGGCCUGACGGCUCGAGAUCCUCGCAGCCUGGACGUUGUACCAGAAUAUUCACUGCCAGACCUCGUCAAUCAAGGGGAUAGCUGGAUAUUCGCCAUAACCCGGAACCAUAACAGAGUGGUGAAAGAUGAAGAAGAAGGUAGCCCUAGCUCGGAUAAAGGGCUUCUCUCGGACCCUUACCUAAAAGUGGGCAAGUAUAACAUUUCCCGUGACAAGCUGGUAGCACGAAGCAAGCCGGGCCGAUAUAGCCACAUUUUGGAUGACUUGUACAAAACCAAUGUGCUGCCACCCACCGCCCGCAGGAGCAGGGUUGGGGUAUUGUAUGAACCACAGUCAGAUGGAAGCCGUCAUAUGCACAUUAUCAUCAAUGGAGAAGAUAUGGGUGCCAGUGCCCGUGGAAUACCAGCCUCACAACCGCUCUAUGCCGUCAUUUUAUAAGCAGCUAUGGAACCAGAAUGGUUGCAUAUGGUACAAUACGCACUUCCAUCCCUGCAGACGCUGAGUCGCCUUGUCAUCCAGAAACAUAUGAUCCGCAGACUCGACAUUGAUCGGUUAGACCUGCCACAGUUACUAAAGAACUUCUGCAAAUUUGAGUGAAAAAUUCUUGAAGUUUUAUACUGCUUAUCAGACAUGGAACUACAAAACAUGAAC